AUGAGCAUAGAUGCGAUCACAGCCACGGCCACCAUCCUACAGAGUCGUCCCCCAACCCCUUCACAACUGCAUGUUGGCAAAGACGACCUUGUCAACGAAACCGCGUAUCCAGACCCCAAACGCUUCCAAACAAUCGACCUAGACUUCACAGCUCGCGGCACAUGGGUGCAAGCAAAGGAAAAGGCCGUUCUCGGACCAUACGACUACAUCGCUUCGAGACCAGGAAAGCAGUUCCGCACCAUGCUGCUCGAGGCAUUCAAUGUCUGGCUUGAUGUCCCAUGUGCAAGUAUGGAGGUUAUCAACAAUGUCAUCCGCAUGCUACACACCUCGUCCCUCCUCAUUGACGACAUCCAAGAUAACUCGGUGCUGCGGCGCGGACAGCCCGUGGCGCAUAGCGUUUUCGGUAUUGCGCAGACGAUCAAUGCGGCGAAUUAUGUGUAUUUCCAUGCACUGCGGGAGUUGCAGAAAUUGAAUAACCGCGCUGCUGCUGUUGAUAUCUUCACGGAGGAAUUGCUCUCUCUGCAUCAGGGCCAGGGGAUGGACUUGCUUUGGAGAGAUACCCUCACUUGUCCUAGUGAGGAGGAUUAUCUGGAGAUGAUUGCCAAUAAGACCGGGGGGUUAUUCCGGCUUGCUAUAAAACUGAUGCAGGCCGAGUCUGCUGCUCGUGUUGACUGCCUCCCACUUGUUCAGAUCCUCGGUGUCAUCUUCCAGAUUGCGGACGAUUAUAGAAAUCUGACGGAUGUCGAUUACACGGCGACGAAAGGGUUCUGUGAGGAUCUUACCGAGGGGAAGUUCUCUUUCCCUGUGAUUCAUAGUAUCUUGGCCGAUACGGCGAAUACGCAGCUGCUGCACAUUCUGGCUGGGAAGCCUACCAGUGUCGAUAUUAAACGGUGCGCGGUGGACUAUAUCAGGAGUACGGGGAGCUUUGAGUAUACGGAGCAGGUUGUAGGGUUGUUGAUGGAGCGAGCAAGAGCUGCUGUAGAUGCGAUCGAUCAGGCUUGUGGAACGAAGAACAAGGGCAUCUAUGCGCUAUUGGACAGGUUGGCUUUGAAGAGGAGGUUCAAGUCCCAUGAGCUGUGA